GGUCGAUACAGCGAGCGCUAUGUCGCUACACAGGCUAGUCCUUCUGUUCGACACUCUGAAUUCUGGUAUACAACUUUAUGUGAUUUGCAAAUAUUUUGAAUUACGUUGACUAUUGUCCUUGUCCUUUCCUGCAUUACUUUCGAUGGUCGUGGUAUAGCGCUCUUCAUGUAGUUAAGUCCGUGGAGGCACAAAUGCGUAUGCAGCAGCAUUAGGACGAGGAAGUGUGCUCUCUACACCGGUAACAGGAAGGAUAAUUUCCAUGAUGAUGAUGUCCUAUUAAGACGGACUAGAACCAGUACAAAAACGCGCAAGUAGAUCUCUGUAACGACGUGGCGUGCGCCGGACCAAUUCCUGAUGGCAUCAGCAGGGAAGGCGGGUUCGGCAGCCCGCGACAAAGAGAUUCGGGAGGUCUUCGAUAUCACGGAAAGGCUAGCAUACCAUCUAUCAUCCUGAUGUAGUAUGCGAAAAUAAACAGCACGGCAAAUAAGCACUCUUCUGAUCAUGCGCACGCCCGUAGCGCGCCGCUGCGGGAAUGCAGCACAAGAAAGUUCUUUUGCAAUACUGUGAAUCUUUUCAUGAUUCCGAAAUAUGGUAUGCUAGGACUUUUCUCCAGGAUGUGCGACCUGUUUGACAAGGAUAAGAAAAAUGUGGUGAAAAUAGAAGAGCUAUCGGAUUGAUGCGAAGGUUUUGCUGUCCCGGAAGAGAUGAAUUCGUGCUAGGCCAAGUCUCGCUUCCGAAGCAUGCAUCGUGUUGUUUGUUUCAGAAGUACAACGCUGCAACUCCAAAAAACUGUAUUUCCGAUUUCGUAGCACUUUUUUUCACGCAACGUUGGCCACUUAAGAACGGCGCACUUUGACAAACCGGACCAAGUGACGAGCGCAUUCUUUUCAAUUUCAUGCAAGACGAGUACAGCAAUAAGCAAAUGUUAAAAAAUGUAGUCUGUCAAUUUGUUGAAUUCGUAUUUGAAUUUGGGAAGUAAAAGUAUCGUUUGCAAGUUGCGCACGUUUCUCAGCUCUCCGCCCGGGGCAGUUUUUACCUGAAGAAAAACUCGGACUCAUCUUGCGGUUAUCCGCUACAAAUGCAGUGUCUGGGUCUGCGGGAGAGUUGUGAUGCUAUUUUGAGGAGCAAUGGUAAAAAGCAGAGGUCAUGGUCACUGCACAACAGAAGAGCCUGACAAACUUUCUCACAGCUGCGGAGUUGUGUUGCCUAGUCUAGUGCGAACGGAAAAUCGCAUUUCUGUAAACUAGAAGGAGCAAGUACAAGCCGCAUCCGCGAUAAUAUUCCGUUGCAACGGACCUGCAUGGCUACGGAGUCUGCUGUCCUCGUUUUAGCCGCGCAUAAAAACCAGUUCUGCAAUCAGCCAGACGCAGACAUAAUAUUUCCAUGGUAUAGCGGUCAUUGGGGUAUCAACUUUCGGACGCCGAGAUCGGGCAGCUCGAAGGCCAAUUCUUCGAACCGAAAGCACCCCCGGGGUCGGCACGCACCUUUGACUUCGUAAAGUUGCUCGAGAUCUUGAACAGCAGCGAGACCACCAUCCUGCGCAAUGCCACGAUGCAGAAGCGGUCGGAUGCGAUUUACGAGGCCUUUCGGGUGUAUGGGGGUGUCAGGUGCUGGGAGCGCGACAGAAUGGAAACUGAAACAGCUUGUCUUGCAGAAAACCGAUUAUACCAGUCGGAUCUUCAGGCCCGCAGCGGUGCAUGAUGUCAAAGUUUGCCUACGCGUUGAGUUAGCGGGUCGCGCCAGUUGCAGUGACCAAGAUAGGCACUUGUUCUGUUCUGCUCUUCAAGAAACUUUUCAGCACGUGUAGGAGCCUUAGUAGCCUUACAGUCGGGGCCGCUUACCUGCUCUGCUGCGAAACAGGCACUCUCUGCAUGGCACUUCAUUUAUCAGAAAAUUAUAUAUGUUUUGCCUAUCUCCCACCUGGCACUCUCACAGAGGCUUCGACGUCCGAGACACCGGCGAAGUGGAUACGAAAACAGGCGACUCCCCUGCCCCCUCUUUUGCAUUAAACUGUUUACACGACUCGAAACAUCAACGGCAAAAAAACAUCUUCUGGAUGCUAAGUAGAAUCCCGGCCUGAAGGACCGUCUCAGCCGUCGGAGCUUGUGGUGCAAGCACUGGUAGUACGAGGCAAGAAAUUUGUAGCGAGUACUUGGCAUAAUUUCGCAUGAGAAAUGAGAGGAAGGGGCAGUUGGCUAUGACCAUACAGGACCUCGCGGAGUUGAAACACGUGCUGAGUACCAUAGGAGAAAAGAUGACUGAGGAGGAGCUGGAGGAAGUGUUUCAGAACUACAGCGCGUCCGUAUCCUCGUGAGAAAAAAUUAUCCCCCAUCGUCCCAACAGAAACUCGUUUCUUGUUCAUUUGAUGCGGCCUGUGGGCCGCAUCUAAUCUCCUAGGAGUGAUUGCAGGCAAAGCGAGACAAAUAAAAAUUCUCUGCAUUUGCAAUCCGGUAUGACUAUGCAACAGGACCUGCAUGCUCGAGAGCUUUUUUGGCGCUGCUCUAAGUACUCGGGACUUAGACAAAGAUGACUUAUUUCUGCGGGAGGGGAGAUUUUUCUGCGUGAUAUUCGGAGCAGUUGAAUUUUUCCGAAUUUUUGAGGACUUCACUCCAGAACUGACGGCCGGCUCGCUUGGAGGAUAUCGUUCGCAUUACUGCAGGUGCCAGCACGGCAGACAAUAGGCUUGAAUACCACGCAGCUCUUUAUUUAGGAGCCCACCUGCAACAUCAAUACCUGAGACCGCACGAACUGACUUUAGGUGUUGGCUCGUGAUGUCCCUCAAGCUCGCUCAAACCCAGCGACAGAUGUUUUACCAGAGCAGCCUGAUGUUCUCGUUUCUUCGUAGAGGAACUGAGCAGUUUACAUCAGUAAAAAAAGUUGACGAU